AAAAAGAUUAAAAACUUCUAAGCAAAUUCAAUUCAAUUACAUACAUAAUAAGCAACUUAAUUUUUUCUGAUGGAUUUUUUCAUGUCAUUAUCUGGUGAGUACUCAGAUACUUCUUCAUCAGAAACAAGUUCUUCAAACCUUAUAAGUUCUUCAGAAGUGAUUUUGGCAUCUACUAAGCCAAAGAAACAAGCAGGGAGAAGAGUGUUUAAGGAAACAAGACAUCCUGUGUACCGAGGAGUACGAAGAAGAAACAAUAACAAAUGGGUUUGUGAGAUGAGAAUUCCAAACAAAAACAACAAAAGCAAUAAGUCAAGAAUUUGGCUUGGAACAUAUCCAACACCUGAAAUGGCUGCACGUGCACAUGAUGUUGCUGCACUUACUCUUAAGGGAAAAUCAGCUUGUCUUAAUUUUGCUGAUUCGGCGUGGAAGUUGAGGUUACCGGAGUCGAAUGACGCGGUGGAGAUAAGACGAGCGGCAAUGGAAGCUGCUAAGUUGUUUGCUGGUGAAGAUGGUGUGGUUGUAGAUGAUAUGGAAGAUUCCAAAAAGAAUGUAUUGAAUGUACAAGUUCCGGUAGUGACGUCUGAAUUUGAAGAGUUGCAUGAUUUGCUUUUGAGUAUUGCAAAUGAGCCCUUACGUUCACCUCCUCCUUCAAUGAAUGAUUAUUGGGGUGAUAUGGAGAUAUUUGACACUCCAAUUUCAUUGUGGAACUUCUCAAUUUAACAAAAGUUGUAUUAUUCUUGGAUGGUGUGGAAUUGAUUUUGUAAAACUUUCUUUUUAGUUGAGUUUGAAAUGCAGUCACAUUAAUUUA